AUGCAUCAACGUCGAAGUAAGAGUGAUUCAAAAUCAACAAGUAGCAUCCAUUAUUCAUUGUCAUCGAUGCCUACAACAAACAAUUCUUCUUCAGCAUCAACAACUGGUCGUGUUAGUAUCUAUUCAAUGCGUGAACGAGUGAUGCUAAAUAAGAUGACGAACAUCGUCGGAAAAUUGGCACCAGGUGCUGAAACAGAAGUUACCAGUCGAUUACAUCAAGAAGUACCAGCUGUUCGACUUGAUGGUCAUCUUACUUAUUGUUUAUAUAUUACGUUUCAAAAUUUAAUUCAUUUAAAUUCUAUUUAUAUUCUAUUAUAUCAUGCAGCUUUUUGGCUAAGUUCACAAAAUGCACCGAAAGAAAACCUGCUAUUCUCUCGAUUAAUUGAACAAACAAACGAAGAACAAACGCAUUUUAUUGCCAUUGCCAACGAUUAUUUUUCAAUAGAAAGAAAAUCUAUUAAUACAGAUCUCGUAAAUAAAUAUAUUUAUAUAAGUUUAGUUUUUGUAAGUUCAAUUGAAUUAAUAUGUGCAUUUCUGUGGACUAUAAGGAAAAAGUUACCAUAUUUAAUACAAAGAAACGAAAAAUUAGAAAAUUGUUUAAAUAAAUUAUUAAUUAUAACAAUUAUUAUGAUUUAUAUGGUAUUUAUUGCUUGGCUUAUUUAUCAUACAUAUAUUACUCAUCAAUUGAAUUCAAUAUUUUGCUUGUUAAUUUGUAGCCAUUUAAUAAUUUUAAACAUGUUUGAUAAGCCUAAUCUAUUUCAAGAAUCACCUUACGAUUUAUUAGAACAAUCAACAACAACACGUCUACAAUAUCGUAAUUCAACAUCAUCGUCUUCGACGUCUUCAAUGGCAACAACUGCAAUGGGUCGACUUUCUUAUCGUUCAUCCACUUCUAUGCUACCUCGUAAAGGUAAUUCCAUGGUUAAUUUAUCAACAACGUCGCCAUCGAAAUUUUCAUCAUGGUCUCGAUGGUCAUCCAUAACUGAAGAAAAAGUUGAAAUACAUGAUUGUUCAACAUUCUAUUCACAUGCUAGAAAAGAAGCCGAUGACUUAUGGCCCAAUGUUGUUCGAAGAAUUAUUCUAAAUUUUUAUCGAACAUUUGCUUCGUUCAUUCUAUUUGAUUUAAUUCCAAUUAAAAUGGCAGACACACAUCUACGUUCGACGGAGAAUCAACCAUUAAAAUUUUUAAUUACUCUAUUUACACUCAGCACAUUUAUAACUCACAGUGCAUUUUUAUUUCCUGUUAAACUUCAAACAACUCUUCAUCGUAUAGCAGCACAUCUUGGUCAAUGGCGUCAACAAUCCAAUAUUCGAACAGAUACAAUCAAUGAAUGGUCAUCUGAAUGUAAUUCAUAUACACGUGGAAGUGUGAUUAAAUUACCUUCAAAUCAUCAAUAUUAUAUUGCUAUACAACAUUUAAGUAAUGCUGCCAAUCCUCAAUCCAAAUCUCAUUCAAUGCUCUAUCGAUUAUUUGGAGAUCCAACAUACUUUCUAACGAUUCAAUUCAUUCUAUCUAUUGUUCUUGUUUUGUUUCAUAUUAUAUGGAUUGCACGUGGUGCCCAUUGGGAGCAAAUAAUCAUUGGUUAUUUACUCAUUUUCUAUAGUUCAUAUCCAAUAUUCAAAAUAGUACGUGACAGAAUCAUAAUGGAUCUUGUUGAAGAACAUGAGUAUUUUCAAACAUCAACAAUAUUAAAACAAAAGAAAUCAAGUUGA